ACGCCACCGCAGGAAGAAACUGCAACGGAAAACACUCUCUGCUUCUUCUCCUUCUUCUCCUUCUCCUUCCUCUCUCUCAGAUUUGGUUCUCCAUAAACCAUAACUGUAUCUCUCAUUUUUCAUUUGCUUUCGGAGCUCUGAUUGCACGUAUGUAUGAUAUCGUCGUUUCAUUGUUUGCUAUUUGAAAAAUGAAUUCGUAGAAGUUGAGAAGUUCAGUUUUAUAGCUUGCGGAGCAAGGAUGAAUUCGUAUGCCAGGGAGGGAGUAGGUGUUUGAGGAAGUGUGCGGAAUUGAUUUGCAGAGGAUUUGAACCGAAAUCUCUUGUAAAAUAAGCAUCCAAAUUUUGAGGUGGUUCGGCAGUCCUAUAUAUUGAAGAAACAAGGCGUUCUGAAGUGAAAGAUCAGAAACAAAAUGAAUAAUUCAGUCUCGGAUCACAGCUUCUACAUUGAGAGUGAUGAAGAGGAUGAAGAGAACAUGUCAAACAGAGGCAAUAAUGACGGACAUGAUUCGGAUUCUUCCCAUUCUUCCACUGAAAUUGAGCAGCAGAACAAACCCAGUUCUUACAAUACUUCAUGGCCUCAAAGUUACAGGCAAUCUAUUGAUCUGUACAGUAGUGUACCGUCUCCAAGUAUUGGGUUUUUGGGCACUCCGUCCCUGUCAAGAUUAGGCAGUUCAUUUCUUUCCUCAUCACUAACAAGGAGACACACACCUGAAGUAUUGUCUUCUUUGGUAAAACCUCUGCUACCAUCAGUAGCAGAUGAGCAACAGGAGCAACAAAGGCGUAGUUCUCAUUCGUUGCUUCCCCCAAUUCCACCAUCAAGAAGGUCUUAUAUAAAAAAGGCAGGUCUAGAUCAAAAACCCCACAAGGUCUCACAUGAAGUUCCAAUUUCACGCCAGAGCUCAUAUGGACAGGCUGUGCUAAAUGGGAUGAAUGUAUUGUGUGGAGUCGGAAUUCUUUCUACUCCAUAUGCGGUGAAAGAAGGGGGAUGGGUUGGACUAUCAAUACUGCUUAUAUUCGCAUUGCUGUCAUUCUACACUGGGAUUCUCUUGCGUUACUGCUUGGAUAGUGCUCCAGGGCUUGAAACUUACCCAGACAUUGGCCAAGCUGCAUUUGGUACUACAGGCCGAUUUGCCAUCUCGAUAAUACUAUACGUGGAACUCUAUGCUUGUUGUGUUGAAUAUAUAAUUCUGGAGAGUGAUAAUUUAUCAUCACUCUUUCCAAAUGCCCAUUUAAACUUUGGAGUCUUUGACUUAGGAUCACACCAUCUAUUCGCAUUGAUGACCACCCUGGCUGUUCUUCCUACUGUCUGGCUCCGAGAUCUCAGUGUUCUUAGUUACAUCUCUGCUGGGGGAGUUGUUGCUUCGAUAUUGGUGGUCCUCUGCUUGUUUUGGGUUGGCCUAGUAGAUCAGGUUGGCUUUCAAAGUGAAGGGACUGUACUGAACCUCACCAAUCUUCCUGUUGCUAUUGGUCUCUAUGGCUACUGCUAUUCAGGGCAUGCUGUUUUCCCAAACAUCUAUACUUCAAUGGCAAAACCAAACCAAUACCCAUCAGUACUCCUAAUUAGCUUUGCUAUUUGUACUCUCUUAUAUGCUGGAGUUGCUGUGUUGGGAUACCAAAUGUUUGGAGAAUCAACAUUAUCACAAUUCACUCUUAACAUGCCCCAAGAUUUGGUUGCCUCUAAGAUUGCAGUGUGGACAACGGUAGUUAACCCUUUUACCAAAUAUGCAUUAACCAUGUCUCCAGUAGCAAUGAGUCUGGAAGAGUUGAUCCCUUCAAACCAAUCCAAAUCUCACAUGUAUGCAAUCCUCAUUAGAACAGCCCUGGUGAUCUCUACAUUGCUUGUGGGCCUCACCGUUCCCUUCUUCGGUUUGGUGAUGGCAUUGAUUGGAUCUUUUCUCACAAUGCUUGUAACUUUAAUACUUCCAUGUGCUUGUUUCCUAAGCAUCUUGAGGGGAAAAAUCACACGUUUUCAGGGAUCACUCUGUAUUCUUAUUAUUGCAGUGGGCGUUGUGUCUUCAGCCUUUGGAACUUACUCUGCCCUUGCCAAAAUUAUUGAGAAGUUGAGCUGAAGUUGUUUUGAAAAUUUUCCCUCCAUUCCCUUGCUUUUGAGUAGAUGUUGGAUGUUGUUUUUCAUGCAUCUCGUGAUGUUUAAUUUUAUCUGUAUCUGUUAAGGGUAUUGAUGAGCAAUAAAUAAAAGCCAAGCACCAUUUGUAGCCUUUUUCAA